AUGUGGGACAUUAAGACUUGUGUGUUCUGGAGGGCCGUCCUCGCCGAGUCUCUGGGAAUGAUCAUCUACAUAUUUUUCGGCCUCUCAACUGUGAUAGGGACCAGGAAUAAUCCGUCCCCUGACCAGGAGCUAAAAGUGGCGUUUGCCUUUGGUCUGGCCUUUGCCGCCAUAGCACAGUUUAUAGGUCACAUUAGCGGUGCUAACCUGAAUCCUGCCGUCACCCUGGGCCUCCUGGUCAGCAGUCAGACGAGUUUCCUCAGUGCCUUUUUCUACGUGAUAGCUCAGGUUCUGGGAGCAGUGGCCGGCAGUGCUAUUGUGUACCGGAUCGUGCCGGGAACCACAGAUUCCCUCGGUGUUAACAAGCUAAAUGGCAUCACCCCAAGUCAAGGCUUGGCCGUUGAAUUCCUGCUCACGCUCCAGCUGGUCUUGUGCGUGCUGGCAGUCAGCGACAAAAGACGCAACGUCUGUGGGUUUGCACCUCUGGCCAUCGGACUCUCCGUGGGGCUGGGACACUUCACCGGGGUCCGCUACACAGGAUGCGGGAUGAAUCCAGCUCGAUCCUUCGGGCCGGCGGUUAUACUGCAGUCUUUUGAUGAUCAUUGGGUAUUCUGGGUGGGACCGAUGAGUGCCGGUGUGGUGGCAGCUCUUCUGUACCAUCGUCUCCUGACCCCCAGAGACCAGACCUCCAGUGAGAAAACAAGAGACCUGUUCAGAAUCAGCUCCUCAGCGGACACUGGCGCUCAUGAGCCGCUCAUGGACAACGUUGAGGCUGUGAACUGGUCAAGGAGGCCAGCUGAAGUGUGA